AUGCCAGAAAUCGUCCUUGAUAAUACAGCUGGCCCGUUGAAAGUUCCAGGCUUUCACGACAUUCCCAUAGAUGUCGAGCUUCCACGGGAUCAAUUUGCAGCGGGGAUCAAUGUUUGGCGAGGUACCAUACUUACUGCAAAAGAGCUAGCCAUGUUGAACUUGAUCAAUACUAUUACCGAAAGACCGGACUGGCAUGUGCGGAUUUUUCAGCAGGAAGAAAUCACUCGCUGGCAAAAAGAUGCGCUGUCAUCGUUGUCGCUAAUCAACGACCAGACGUGGAGCUGGUGCCUCAAAGAAUUGCAAGACAAGGCAAGAAACUUUGAAAAGCAAGGGCACGUGCUAGUAUUCAACACCGGCAGUGGUAUCUGUAAAUCUGAUACGGCGAUCCCUGCGACAACACAGGCACAGCUACGAGAUGCCACGGUUUCUUUGAUUCAGGAUUUAGGCGAACAGACUCAAUCCCUAAACAUGCAGAAGCCAGUGGUGGUAAAUGUGGUUGAUCCGUCUCUGUUUCCCCUUGUUUACGGGAGGACGAUGGUCUUAGUUGGUGGACAACCGUGCGGAAUGGACCAAGGUUCUUGGUCGGCACGCCUUCAAGACAGCCAAAUCGCACCAGAGCGACCGCUGUUUGCUCAAGAAGGGGCCUGGGAACACCUGCGAUUGAACUGCAUCUGGUCAACCAGAUUUCAGUGGCUGCCUUGCGAAGUGGAAUUCAAUGGGCCUCCUGGGUCCACCGACGUUCGAAUUAGUUCCUACAUCAACAAUCUCCAUCCCAUGAACCGAAUCGUGUAUUCAGCAAUUGAGGCAGUCCUUACCAGCAGUAUCAAGCAGUGGAAUGAGAUACUGAUUCGUGCAAAAUGGACUGAACAGCUUGGAUACAGACCCUCUUGCAAACCUUCUCCUCGUGAGCCGAUACGAAUUCGAACGUACGGGGUGGACUGGAAAAUGAAAUAUCCGGAGUGGGCGAAGAAGCUCCCAGAGCAGUCCAAGGAAGACCAGCUAUCUGUUGAGCAAUACAACAAGAUGUGCGCCCAAGUAGAGGAAUAUCUGAAGGAACCCGAAUCCGAGGAUAAGGUCCAUUGGUGUCUGGUUCAUACGCAAAGGAUUCCAGAAGAUUGGAAAGCACGAUGGGGACUGCAGCGCACUGCAUUGACCAAGUAUGCCCGUAUGUUCUUCUUUGAGCACUCGGACCCGGGUACUGCCUAUUCCUACGAAGACUGGAAAUCAGGGCGGACUGGAGAGGCCAUAAUAGGUCCUGCCGAUCAGGAACACUGGGGCCGGACGUUUGGAACGGGGCAGUUCCUUCUGUCUCACCCUUGGCUGAAACCCCACCGCUGGGCCUUUGAGCCAAAAGGCAAAAAGGACGAUGACCAUCAAUUCUACACGGUUACAUUGCAGGACGAGUUUCGAGACAAAGGCCUCCAAGUUGUGGCCAAGCUCCACAGUAUUGAGCUAGAGCCUGAUAUCCCAUCAUUUUCUGGCGAUGACUGGCAUACUGAAGGAAAUGCAAAUGAGCAUAUAGUUGCUAAUGCUAUUUACGCGUUCGACUUUGACAAUAUUACGGAGCCGCAGGUUUCAUUCCGACAGCGGCUCUGGCACGACAGUCAACGAUAUGUUUAUGACAAGAUCGGCGCAGGUGACGAUCCCGAUGACGAUGAAAGUGAUUUCGACCGUCCAGAAGAUAAUGAUGACGAGGACUCCUGGAUAUAUGAGCCAGACCGUGAAGAGAAGUAUGCGUGCUGGGAUGUGAAGUAUAUAGGAAGGCUGUUUGGAUUUGAAACAAUUCAGAAUGCGCCUGCGUGGCAGGAGCUAGGGAAAGUGAGAAUGCCUCCAGGUCGCUUGAUUUCUUUCCCCAAUGCCUUUCAACACCGAAUGAGUCCGCUAGAGCUUCAGGACAAGACUAAGCCAGGACACUGUCGUUUCCUUACUCUCAGUCUUGUCGAUCCCACGUACCGCAUUUGCUCGACGCGAAAUGUUCCCCCACAACAACCGAAAUGGAUCGAUGGCUCUGGAUCACACAUGGAUCUGAAAGAAGCUCUCGAGUUGAAAGAGGAAUUGACGAAGAUACAUGUCCGCAAGGACGAGGCUACCUUUGAGCUGGCUAGAAACCUUGUAUUCUCGGGAUUUCACUGA